AUGUCUUAUCAAUCAACCCUUUAUCUUACUUACCAUAUUUUUCUUCCGGCGCAGUUGCCCCAAGAAAACGACUUUAGUGUUGAAAACGAGAGGGCGUUGUUACAGUGUCUUUGUAACUCUCUUACCAAGUUUCGCGAGUAUGUACCGAAUGAGAUGAAAGAAAUCGUUGAAAUAGCUACGAGGAUGGCGUAUGAUAUGGCUGCCGUUCAUCAGCCUCUGGGCGACACCAUCGCUGUUGAUGAAGGCAAAUUACUCGAAAUGCUACAAAAGCUAUCCCAAACAGGAUGUGUCAUUCCCCUCAACAUCAGGGCUCAGAAUGCCGGAGUUCUGCUUACCAAGGUCGACGACUCAGUUCACUUUGAGGCGUUUGAGCUAUCUCCGACCAACGAGGCUGUGAUCACGACUAUAGGUCGUCUUCGCCGAACCUUCCCCGGAGUCGGGUCUGUUAUCGACCUUGAAAAGUUCAACGAGGCGGGCUUCAAGGAGACCCUAGCUGCAGCUCUGGCAAAGAUGAGCUCUCAACCUGCCGCAGGAACUCAACCGCGCGCGAAGAAAGCAGGGCAAUUCCACGACGAGAGUCGCGACACCGCUAGCCCGAAGAUUGUUACUGAGCUUCUAUAUUCCUUCUUACAAGCUUCUGGAAAGUCUCUCGAAGCAGAAAGGCUUUGGAAGAAUACCCGUGAAGAAGUUAAUUGGGCUCGUUGUCUUCUGCCGUGGCGCCGUUCUCCGACAUGGCUUCUCAUUCGUGUUUGCCUGCAGUUGGUGUUCGGUCGAUUGGCUGUCCUAUCAGGCCACUCCGGGGAUAGCCUUUACAAAACAUUCAUGGCUUUCAUGAUGGCCCAAGUUCUCGGUCUUGGGCUACAUCAUGAACUUCACUCGGAUUUGAUUCUUUCGAUGGUCGCAAAACUCUCUAGACGCCUUUUAAAGCUUACGAACGAGCCCGCGUCUGCAGCAGUUGGUCAUGUCCGCCAGACCAUGUGCCGGGCGAACAAAACUUUGUCAAAGCGGUGGUCCGAAAUUCAAUCCAGAGAUGCCCCUGGAUUCAGUGUUGAGCUGGAAAGUCUCAAGAUGGUGGACUUUGAAAAGGACUCCAUCAUGCACCUUCCCGAUCUGGACAACUUUCUGGCAUCAUUUGACAAGAGAGAUAUCAAGAAAGCAGGUUCUGACUUUCAUCCCUCAUGGGAGAUGCCAACAUACAACCCCUGUAAUCUGCCAUCAGCUGUGAGACUACCCGACAAGGCACACUUGACUCUGCACCUGGCAAGCUUUGAAACCUGGGUCGACAAACACUUACAAACAUGGUUUACAACACAACACGAAGGAGACUUAGAAAACGUGGUUUAUUCAAUGCGGAAAAUUCUCGAAAGCUACCACGACGCGGCCAGUUCGUUCUACAACGGAAAUCCGGAAUUGACGUCGAUCAUGUUGCUGACAAUCUUGGACCUCUGGAUUGUCUGUGACAAAGCCGCGAUACGUGUACACCCACUGCUCAAGGAUUACGACCCCGAGAUCCCAGUACAUCUCUUUCAAAAUCUUCUGCUGCCAGAAAAGCGUCAUAUGGAAAGGUUGCAUGCUGCCGAGCUGUAUCUCCAAGAUCGCGUUGGAAAUUGCAAGUCAAGGAGUUGGGCUCCAAACAUCUACACAACCUUUGGCACUUUCACAUGUUUCUCUGCUCGUUAUUUUGAUCAAUCUUCUGAACACAUGAUUCUCAAAGAGAAGAUCGAAGAGAAAGCCAGACAAGAUCGGGAAGAAAAGAAACGGGAACUCGCUAGAUUGAAAACGACAUUCGGGAACUGGCGCGAAGUCAGUGUCUAUUUUCUGUUUACUGUCCUCAAAGCCAACGUCAUUUCACCAGAGAAGCCCCGUGCAGCAUUUCCGUUGAAUCGAUACAAAGGCCUCUCUGGCUAUUUCCGCGAAACGGUAGCACGACAACACAUUGGGCUCCUCACGCAUCGGAACACAAUUUCAGUUGCAACAGCCACUGAACGCGAAGUCUGCCUCGAUAAUGGGUUGAAUUACGCGUACUAUAUGGAGCGCCAGAACCAGUUUCUCACUUCUUUCGAAGUCAAACAUGCUAUCCCAGAAGCCUGCAUGUAUCGCUUGUCGACAGAUUCAAAAGCAAUCCAGCGCUAUAUUUUCCGUCCAUCAUCUGAGCCCAACGGCCCUUCACCAAACACCAAAUGUCCGGAUGGUAUGCCGCUUGAAGAAUAUAAGGCUCUAGCGUCUAUUCCUCUCGAUUUCAAGAAGAGGGAUACAGCUCUUCAAUCUGGGCCACCAAGCGACUGUGCCCUCCGAAAAAGAGGCUUUGCAUCGAGGAUGUUGGAAGGUCUCUCCGAAGCCAUUCAACGAUUUGAAGAAAAUUGGCAAUCUUCGGCUGCCUUGGGGACUUUCACUGUUCUGUCCCGGCGCCUGCUUUCACUCACCCCUUACUCUGACUGCCUCCGUUUCUUGUCCAAGGCCAGAAAAACUUUGAAAUGCAGGGCCCAAGGGUCAUCUGAAGAUAAAGAUAAGCUGGAGUUGCAGCGCAGGGCUCUAGAAGCCUAUCUACUGUGUGCGGACACAUUUAACGUCGAAGAAGCGUACCAAAAAGCCGUCUUCCUGGACGAUUCAACCAUUUCAGUCUUCAUGCAGUGUUCUAUUGGGAUUCAUGAGGGUUCCCAAACUCUCUUAGCAUCUCUUGAGACGCCCGUUCGGCAACUUUUUUCCCGUUGGCAGAGAACCUCAUACCUGCAUUGUGGUUUCUUGGCACAAAAGGUUCUGGCUGAGGGCAGCUCUGCCCUCGAUGACACGAUUACUGCAUCGUGGUCUGUUUAUCAGCCUAGCCGAAAAUGGAAGAUGUUAUCCAAAACACACAGUUCAUGGCUAACAAGCACAACCGCUUCGACAACCCCUAUGAUGGUGCAUUUUAGUCUCAUCACAGGAGAACUUUUAGUUGACGGUAAUCCUUUGGAUCAUCUGCCGGGAGCCUAUCUCAAGCAUCAUUCAUACGGACACUUAUUUGGCCGAUUGUCUCUUGAAAUCAUGCCUACGCCGGUCCCGGGAAUGCAAUUCUCCUCCAAGAGACAGUAUGCGGAGCACGAUGUUCACCUAGGUCUCGGCCAUUGUUCCAAUAAUUCCGAGGCAGAUCUUCUGGUACAUGCCUCAAAAGCCGGAUCAGACUAUGAAUUGAUUCCCAAGCGAUGUCUGAAAGGAAACUUACCGACGACAUUUGUUGACGAAUACGUUCACUGGUGGGACUACAAGAAGAAGUGUGUCGAAUUCCGCGACAUCGCUACUCCGUGGAAGCAUACGACGCCGCACUGGCUGCUUUCUAAAAACGCAUCUGGAACCGGUUGGAAACUUACCCGAGAUGACUCUUCCACUCUAGUCGAUAUUCGUAGCCGGUCAGCAAAGCUGAUAUCUUCAAUCUUUCAGCCGCUCGAAGAUCCCCUCUGGAUACACAUCAUUCACAGGAAAUCAACCUCAUCAGUCACGGUAGAACUUCCUCGAGCUCGGCUUGAAUUCAGUCACACGCCUGGCCAUCCAUCAAUCCACUCGAGACAGUUUCGCGGUAUGAUGGUUGACUCGGACCAGUCCGUUGGAGCACUGAUAGGCCUGAAAGACAAGCUGGUCUUGAAAUCAGACCAAUCUGACCAUCCUUGGACGCCUACAUGUCGCAAGGUACUUGUGUUGGAGGGCAAAGUAUCUUUCUCAAAGGCAAAUGACCACGUCAAUGUCCGCAUCGCCAGGGGUGCUUCAACAGUGCAUGCCUACCAAGUAGACAGCAGACUCGCCAGGCUUAGUAGCCUUUUCCUCUGCUAUCUACAUGCGCUUACUUCUUUCGUAAUUCCGGAUCCUCUUACGAAAAGGACGGGUACGGAACAAGCCUUGUCUAUACUGAGCUCAGCAUCAGUCAGAUCAUUUCCAUUCUUGACGCCAGAGAAUGUGGCGCUCCUGGACAACAUAGCCCAGCUUACGCCAGGUAGAAUUUACUACCCUGCCAACGAGCGAACGGUUGGCUGGUCGUCACAGUUGAACUUUCUAGCUCAACAUGGCUUGUUCUAUGAGCAAGUUAAAUCCAUCUUUGAACAGGACAAGAAGUCCAAGUUCUUCCACCCAGGCGUAUACAUCAAACCACCGACACUGGAAAAAGUGGAAUUGGAUCUCCUGAAAAGAGACCUGAUUCGUUCCUCAACGUUUCGAGUAUCUGGAUUCGGGGCUCAGAGCUAUAGCCUGGAUCAUGACACCCAAUAUACAGCGAGAGAUCGGAAUAAGUCCUCGCAAAGUUCGCGUUCUUUCGCGAUCGCACGCUUAGCUCUCUCCGAAGUGUCGUUUCUUGUGGAGCCCUUACCCGCGAACAUGGCUUCACAUCUGUGGAAAUUUUUGUCCAAAGGUCCUCCGGUCCUCGGUCGUCCUCGCACUCCCCCUACUGACAUCAUCGCCUACCACGCCGAAUUGCUUUUAACAUUCCCUGAGUUCAUAACCACUCACUGGAUCGGGCUACAGAGAAAUUUGAGAACCUCGGUCAACAAAUACCGAUUUGCGAUUUGGCUAGCGACACUAGCUUUUGCAGAAGAGUCAGACAUGGCUGUGCUCCAAACAUUAGCCUUGUUUCGAACUGCCAAGGACGUUGCUAGCGUGUCGCCGCCACCAGCAGGAGAUCAUUUCAACUUGCGUAAAGGAACCAGCGUCAGCGCAAUGGAAAUACGUCAAUGUCUCGGGAGAGUAUAUGUGCCUUUCACCGAACUGUCUGAAGUCGAUCUAUACAAAAGAAAAGGAGAAUCAAAUCAGUCUUACUAUCAAAGACGUAUGCAGUCGUUUGAGAAGAAGAGGGACGCGGCGGUGGCCAGUCUCAUCGAUAUUCUUGAGGGUCAGUGGCCGUGCAGCACACCGACAAUAUCACGUAAACAUACCGACGCGUCUUUAUGGCGCCGAUAUAUCAGGUUUGACGAAGUAGUACCCGACAUCGAGUCUUUAUUCAGAACUUGGUAUGAUAACCUUAAGUUCAAGCAAUACAUCCAAGAGAUCACUCGUCACAUGCCAUCUCAAAUUGCAACUCAAGACCACCCGAAACCCUUAUUGGCGAGAGUUGAACCAGCAUAUUCGCACAGACCACGGUUUAUUAGUGAAGACGCCAUGUUCAGGCACUCUACGCCGCCUUUGAUCGCUCAUGGGACUUGGAUUCUUGAUUUUGAAUCAAUCCAUGAACGCCAGAAACGCGACUAUCAGUUGCCUGACCUGCUUUCCAGCCUUUCCGCCAAAGCUUCUGCACAAUACCAAGACAAAUACAUUGAAGAACUGAGGUCAAGUUUGACUUCUUUGCAGCAGCUACAGCUUACGGACGACUGCAAAAGCCUGUCGCAAAACUGUACGGAAGAAAAGCUAGCGGUACAUUUACAAACUUGGAAGAUACACACCGAGAAACUCCAGAGCCUCAUCAUAAACGCUGUCCUCGGCCUGCAAGCAACCGACUCCGUGGAAAGCUUCACCGAUAUCUAUGACUUCUAUCAACGACCAAGACUUUCAGUCUCUUCUCUUUUGCAAAGACUGAACCACGUCCAUCGGAGUCUGACACCGGCUGCAUGGUCUGAAUGUUUGGUCCAGUUUGGCACAGGGAUUACUCAAUUGCAGCGUGCGGAACGGAUGCUGGCCUCACUGGGUGAUUCGGCGGCUCUUAUAAAUGAGCUACGAAAUCCAGGGCAUACCAACUGGUCACCCAAAGAGUUUCCUGACACGCUGCUCUUGGAGAUAGAGAGCGGGAUUAUGAGCAUCGCCGACAAGAUGAGGACUCCACCCGGUAACGACAACGUCGUCAUGCAACUGAAUAUGGGGGAAGGGAAAUCGUCUGUCAUCGUACAAAUGGUCGUGGCAGCUAUUGCAGACGGAUCUAAUCUUGUUCGAGUCAUUGUUGCGAAGCCCCAGUCGAAACAGAUGUUCCAGAUGAUGGUGUCUAAACUGGGCGGUCUACUCAACAGGCGCAUAUACCACAUGCCGUUCUCCAGAGCAGUCAAGAUUGGCCCGCACGAAGCGGAAGAUAUUUAUGCAAUCUUGAAAGACUGUAUGGAUUCAAAGGGAGUUCUUUUGGUUCAGCCAGAACACCUACUCUCUUUUCAGCUGAUGGGUAUUGAGACAGCCAUCUCGGAGAAGAAAGAAGUGAGUGCUUCUCUGGUGAGGACCAAAGAUUUUCUUGACCGUGUGUCUCGCGAUAUCGUGGACGAGAGCGAUGAGAACUUCAGCAACAAGUUUGAGCUCGUAUAUACGAUGGGGACACAGCGGCCGGUUGAGCACAGCCCCGAUCGAUGGAUUUGCAUACACCAAGUCCUCAACGUUGUGAGAAAAUUCCUCCCAGAGAUUCAGAGGAACGAUCCAAGCUCGGUGGAGAUCUCCGCAGGACAUGAUGGCUGUUUUCCCCGAACACGAAUAUUGAGGGAAAGCGCCAAAUGCAUGCUUCUCGAACUUUUGGCUCGCCAUCUCAGCAAGGUGGGCACCAAAGGACUUCCUAUGGCUUCCCAGCCUUCUGUGCUACAACAUGCAGUAUACACAUACAUAUUCAAGUUUGAUCUGUCUCAUUAUGAGAUAGACGCGGUUGAGAGGUCAGAACUCUGGACUGCUUCAACGAAAAACACACUUCUCUUGUUACGAGGCCUCAUUGCAUGCCAGAUUCUCAGUUUUGUUUUCUGCCAGAAGCGAUGGAGGGUUGAUUACGGGCCAGACCAUAAUCGAGUCCCCAGCACGCGGCUCGCUGUUCCCUACCGAGCCAAGGACAACCCAAGCGCCCGGUCUGAGUUCAGCCAUCCGGACGUUAUCAUUACUCUAACGUCUUUAAGUUACUACUAUGGUGGACUAGACAAUUCCGAGAUACUCCUCAGCUUCGAGCAUCUUAUGUUAUCAGACCAAGCCGACUCGGAGUAUGGUGUUUGGGUAUUAGACAGCGAUCACCUACCCGUCACUUUCCAGCAGCUGUCGGGUAUCAACCUAGAGGAUCGCCAGCAGUGCGAAGAGCAAGUGUUUCCAUGCUUCCGCUUCUCCAAGGCUACCGUUGACUAUUUCCUGGAACACAUUGUGUUUCCUAAGGAGAUGAAAGAGUUUCCGUAUAAACUCUCAGCUUCGGGAUGGGACAUUGGAGCGCGGAAAGGAAACGCAACGACAGGUUUCAGUGGCACGAAUGACUCACGAGCUUUCCUUCCACUGAGUGUCAAGCAACUUGAUCUUCCAGACCAGAAGCCAACCAAUGCACUUGUUCUGGAGUACCUGCUUCAAGAGGAGAACUCCGUGGUUUUGAUGCCUGUGGUCAGAAGCGACACCAAGUCGGACGCCGAGAUCCUGCUGGAAGAGGUCAUUCGGUUGGACCCGCCAGCCCGUGUAAUCCUUGAUGUCGGAGCUCAAAUUCUCGAGCUUGACAAUCUCGGAGUUGCGAAAAAGUGGCUACAGAUGAUUGACGACAAGGAAAAAACGCAAGCCGUCAUCUUCUGCGAUGAAAACGAUCACAUCCGCGUUGUCGACCGCAGAGACCGGAUCGAGAGCUUGCACACGUCGCCUUUUGCCAACCAGACUGAUGUUUGUCUGGCGCACACAAGGGGAACAGAUCUAAAACUGCCCGAGGAUUACCGCGCAGCCGUGACACUUGGGGCCAACUUGACCAAAGACAGGUUGGUACAGGCUUGCAUGCGGAUGCGGAAACUCGGAAAGGGCCAGUCUGUGGUUUUCUGUGUUCCUGACGAGAUCCGGAGGAAGAUUGAAGCGCGAAAACAGAAUUCGGACACCCCGAUAACUGUGGCUUGUAUUUUGGAGUGGUCUAUCUCCGAGACUUUCACGGACCUCGAGCGAGGCAUAUGGUUGUGGGCGAAUCAAGGCCGCCGAUACCAGCGCAACAACGCUCUUUGGAGUGAGGCUCAUACCGAUGGGGAAACCAAGCUGAGCGGUGAACAUGCAGAGAAGUUUCUUGAGGAAGAAGCGCAGACAAUCGAGAAUAGAUACUCACCACGCAACCGGUUCGACGCUUCUCAACUCAGCCCGGACACCCAACACCAGAACGAUGAUAUCACCAAGAGGCUACUCCAGUUUGGAGGUCUCAACCCAGAGUCAACGACUUUUCGUGAGGAGCAGGAGCGGGAGUUGUCUCCGGAGGUCGAACAGGAACGUCAAAUAGAGAAACCUCCUGCCGCAACCCCUGCCACACACACCAUCCAUCCCGAUGUUCGAACGUUUAUCUCUCAAGGUUUCUACCCAUCACAGUCUAAAGCCUUUCUUGCCGCUUUUCGAGCGCUUUCUGAUACCAGCGCUGCUAAAUUUUACGACGUGGGCAAAUUCAAUCCCGGUCUGCUGGUUACGCAGGACUUUGCGCGUACCAUUGUCCCGCUGGGCAAAGAUUACACAGCCGACCUGUUUCAACGAAACGUCCAAUGGAUAUUGACGAGUUCAACGAGUUCUGGCACUAUCGAAACGGCAAUUAUCAUUAGUCCCUACGAAGCGCAAGAGCUCCUACCGGAUAUACAGAACUCCCAUUGCGUGGCGCUUCAUCUCUACGCUCCUCGCCCAAAUAUGGGAUACCGCGCACUUGACACCUUGGACCUUUAUACAACGCCAAAGCAGUCUCUGAACAGAACUCUUCCAGACCUCUUCUUGACCGAACUAAAUUUGUUCUCAGGUCAACUGUAUAUGAAGUCAACGAAGGAGUACCUAAGCAUCUGUGGCUACUUAGGCUUGAAAUUUCCGGAUCAAGAGAGCUCUGAAUCGGACGGUGAUAGUUAUUCUGCGAAUGUUGCUUCAUCUGAGGCUGCAAAUUUGCAUCAGUUUAUGCGGAUUCUUUUGGCCAAGAUACGAAGAAACUGCCAGUCGAUAGACAAGACGCACUUGGGGAGAAUUUUGGAGUACAGGGCGCUCGAAGCCUCGGAUUUUGUAAACGACAGGGGCCUUUAA